AGUUCCACAGGAAUGAUGUUUGUGGAUGUCACUUGGGAAAAAAUUGCAUUAAGUUUAAACUUGCCACUUCGAAGUUCACCAUGGAUAUUGAUAUUGCUGCUCUCUUUGUUGACAAUGGCUUUGGAAUGUGCUAAGCUGGCUUUGCAGAAGAUGAUGGCCCUUCAGCUGUCUUCUCUUCCAUUGUUGGGUGCCUCAGACAUCAGUGUGUGAUGGUGGGUAUGGAUCAGAAAGAUAGCUACAUUGGGGAGGAGGACCAGAGCAAGAGAAGUAAUCUGACCCUGAAGUACCCUAUUGAACAUGACAUGGAGAAGAUCUGGCAUCAUACUUUCUACAAUGAGCUCCAUGUGGCCCCUGAAGAGUACCCUGUGCUGCUUACAGAAGCCAUACUGAUCCCCAAAGCCAACAGAGAAAAGAUGAAUCAGAUUAUGUUUGAGACCUUGAACACCCCAGCCAUGUAUGUUGCCAUCCAGGCUGUGCUGUCUCUGUAUGCCUCUGGUCGUACCACUGGUGUUGUGAUAGAUUCUGGCGAUGGUGUGACCCACACUGUGCCCAUCUAUGAAGGUUAUGGCUUUCACCACACCAUUCUCUGUCCAGAUCUGGCUGGCCGUGAUCUGACGCACUACCUCAUGAAGACCCAGACCGAGAGAGCAUACAACUUUACUACCACAUCUGAGAGGGAAAUCGUGCAUAAUGUCAAGGAGAAGCUGUGUUAUGUCACUCUAGACUUUGAGCAGGAGAUCGCCACUGACACAUCUAGCUUGUCUCUGGAAAAGAGCUAUGAGCUCUCUGAUGGUCAGGUUAUCACCAUUGGCAAUGAGAGUUUCCAAUGCCCAGAAGCUCUCUUCCAACCAUCUUUCUCAGAUAUAGAAUCUUGUGGAAUCCAUGAAACUACCUUCAAGUCAAUUAUGAAGUGUGAUGUUGACAUCCAUAAAGAUUUGUAUGCCAAUACCAUAUUGCCUGGAAGUACCACCAUCUACCCAAGCAUUGUGGUUUGAUUGUUUUUUCUGUCAUAGGGUGUGACAUGAUAAUUGCUCCCCCCCAAAAAAAUGAGAUUGGUAUGGCUUUAUUUUUUUAAUUUUUAUUUAUUUUUUGGAGGGGCACUUGACUCAGGAUUUAAAAACUAGAAUGGUGAAGGUGAUGAGCAGUCUAAGUAUGUUGGAGACAAAUAUCCCCAAAGUUUUACAGUGCAUCUUCAGGCUCUAAUUGUACAUUUGUUUUUGCCUUUUUUUUCAUAAUCAUUCCAAAUAUUGUAUAAUGCACUGUUACAGAAUUACAACCCUUUAUGAAGGCUGUCUUCUGUUAGAGCAAAAGAUCUACAUAACAAAAAUCCAAAUGGGGAGGGGAGAGAGGGGAAAGGUACUAGUAUUGCUUUACAUGUAAAUUAUGUGAUCAUUUAAAAAAAAAACUUUUUGUUGCCACAAUCAAAAAAAGAACCUAGACAUCAUCUUUCAAGUUAUUAUCAAGGAAACCUAUACUCUGAUAUUUUAGAACCAGAGGGCAAAAUAGAAAUGAAAGGAAUCCACCAAUCACCUCCUG